AUGGCCACUUCUCCUCCUCCUCCUGUCCGACAUCGUCCUAAGACAGUGGAUCCUGGACAGCGACUACGUUCGGAUAGUGCCAAUACGUUGGUGGAAGAAGGCGAUAUUACCAACGAAGCAGCAUCGAAAGAAUCAAAAACUAGACCGCAUCACCAGCUGCGACGUUACAAAACCAAAAGGGUACCUCUUGUCAAAGGCAAUCUCGUCCUUGACUGCGCUAUACCAGAAAAAUUACUAGAUGCUAUUCCAAGACGAAACAGCGAAGAGUUCACUCACAUGAGAUAUACCGCCGCUACCUGUGAUCCGGACGAUUUCCAAACAAGCGGAUAUACCCUGCGCCCUAGAAUUUAUGGCAGACAGACAGAGUUGUUUAUAGUUGUUACAAUGUACAAUGAAGAUGAAGUUUUAUUUGCUCGCACUAUGCAUGGCAUCAUGAAGAAUAUAGCCCAUUUAUGCACACUCCGAGGGUCCCCUGUAUGGGGACCAGACGGCUGGCAAAAGGUCGUCGUUUGCAUCGUUGCUGAUGGACGCAAGCAAUGUGAUAAACGCGUCCUUAGUGUGUUGGCCACACUGGGCGUCUACCAAGGAGGAAUUGCUAAAAAUGUUGUGAACGACAAGCCUGUUAAGGCCCAUAUAUACGAAUUUACUACACAAUUGUCCGUAGAUCCUAAUUUGGACUUUAAAGGAGCUGACAAGGGAAUUGUGCCAGUACAGAUUAUGUUUUGUAUGAAAGAACACAAUGCCAAGAAGAUCAAUUCACAUAGAUGGUUCUUUAAUGCCUUUGGUCCUAUUCUGGAUCCUAAUGUAUGCGUCCUCCUGGAUGUUGGAACUCGCCCGGGCAACGUCAGUAUCUACCAGCUUUGGAAAGUAUUCAAUCGAAACCCACAUGUAGGUGGUGCUUGUGGAGAAAUCCGUGCUAUGUUGGGUUCUGCUGGCGUCAAUUUGCUGAAUCCACUUGUGGCUGCACAAAACUUUGAAUACAAAAUGUCAAAUAUCCUGGACAAACCAAUGGAAUCGAUUUUUGGAUAUAUAUCGGUUCUUCCUGGUGCCUUUUCAGCCUAUCGAUAUCGAGCUCUUCAAAACGACGUCAAUGGACGUGGUCCUCUUGAACGAUACUUUAAUGGCGAGGAAUCCAAUGCACAAAAGAAUGCUGGUAUUUUCAACGCAAACAUGUACCUUGCUGAAGAUCGCAUCCUUUGCUUUGAAUUGGUUGCCAAGAAACAAGAGAGAUGGCUGUUGCACUAUUGUAAAUCUGCCUUUGGUGAAACCGACGUCCCCGAUAAGCUGCCAGAAUUUAUUUCUCAGCGCAGGAGAUGGUUGAACGGUAGUUUCUUUGCGGCCGUCUAUGCGCUUUGGAACUUCUUCUCUAUUUGGCGAAGUGGUCACUCUUGGACCAGAACCCUUCUACUCUCUAUUGAAUGUAUCUAUAACUUUGUAAAUUUGCUGUUUAAUUGGUUUGCCUUGGGCAACUUCUAUAUAAUUUUCUAUUUUGUCACCAAAAGUCUGGCUGACCCUACUCUCGAUCCAUUUGGAAAUGGCUGGGGAGGCAGAUUUUUUGAUGGCCUUCGAUACGUCUACUUGUUUCUCUUGAUCAUUGUGUUUACCUGCAGUAUGGGCAAUCGGCCACAAGGAUCCAAGUUCAUGUUUGCGUUUGCAUUGUACACGUUCGCUAUUGUCAUGGCAUAUGUCAUCUUCGCUGCCAGCUGGCUAACGUACAAGGGCAUUUCAACCAACAUCAGUGAUACUCAGUGGACCAAUAGCGCAUACGCUAAUCUGGCUAUCUUCUGGGCUAACAAUGAAUUCCGCAACAUUGUUGUUUCCAUGCUGGCAACAUAUGCCAUCUACGUGAUCAGCAGUUUCCUCCAUCGAGACCCUUGGCACUUGAUUACAAGUUUCCUACAGUACAUGCUGCUCCUUCCUAGCUUUACCAACUUGUUAACCGUCUAUGCAUUUUGCAAUACGCAUGACGUUUCGUGGGGUACAAAAGGUGUCAACACUCUGGAAAAGGAUUUGGGUAUAGCCAAAUCCACCACGAAGCAUGGCAUUGAAGCUGUUGAAGUCGAGCUGCCAGCAGAACAGAUUGAUAUCAACUUGCAAUACGAGGAGGCAGUGGUUGACUUGAGUACCAAACGGGACAAAGAUGACAAUUCUGUAGAUCCUAAAACUCAACAGGAGGACUGGUAUCGGUCAUUCCGAACACAACUGGUCCUUGGAUGGAUUGCUUGCAAUGCGCUAUUGGUUGCCGUCGUCACUUCCGCCAGCUUUAGCAACCUUUUCUCGCCCUCCACUGGCAACUCGUACCUCUCCUUUAUUCUGUGGGCAACCGCUGGCCUUGCAGCAUUUAGAAUGGUUGGAUCGGUCAUGUUCCUUGUCCUUGGAAUCUUUUCAGCUUAA